AUGGGGAGAAGAAAUGGUGGCAACUGUGGCACCAGUCUGCGUAUGUCAAACAUCUCUCAUGAGAACUUACCUCACUGGAGUUUGGAUUCAGAAGUACCUGUUCCUGAAAAUAAAAACCUCCCACCUGGAAGGGACAGUGCAUCAGGUGGCAAAAUUAACAAGAAUCAUUUGGAAAUUCCAAUAGAUGAGCUGAUGCUAGAACUUAAUUUGUCAGAGCAUGCUCACAAAAGAACACAGAAUAGUAAACAAGGCAUAUUUCACUUAUGGAGUUAUCCUCUUAAUGAAGGAAAUACUGUGGAGAGCAGGGAUUUCCAAAUAUCUUCAGUAGAAACUGGCUUUAAUGUGACCAGUAAUCCCAUAAGGCUCUUCACUCUGAACCACUCCCUAACAAGUGCUGCAGUUGAUAAACAAGUUGGACUGCAACAGCAGAUGCCAUUAGGUCUUUGCUGGCCCUAUGCAGAUGGAGACUUUUUUAAGGACAGAAAUGAACCUUGUAUUAAUUUAUGUUCAGCUGUAGAAAGCAGCAGUAGUGAAACUUUAUCUGCUCUGAAUUGGAAUUUUAAAUAUGGAAACAGCAGUGUGGAAGAAAAUUUAACAGAUGAAAGUGAUUUAUCAGAAAGUGAAAAAGCAAAUGAUACUAUACUCAGCUAUUUUAAAAAGAUGGACCUGAACUUAAAGCCAGAAACAAUAGAAAACUUUGAAGAAUCUUUCACAGAGGAACCAAAUGAAGUCUUUCCAUAUCCUGAUUUUCUCCCUCCACCUUUCAAUACUCUGGACUUGCACAAAUUAGCCCUCUCAAAAUCUGAAAAUUGGAAAGCAACAAUGGAACCACCAGAAAGCUCUAUUGAACUCUUGAUAACUCGUUUACUGGAAAUGGAAAGAAUACAACAUAUGACAAUACAGAAAGAGAGGACAAGACUGCAAACUAACUUGUAUACUCCAGCAGUUACUGAACGACCAUCUUCCUCCAAAACUAUACCCAGAGUGAGACAGCCAAAACUUUCUGAUUCUUUGAGUCUUCAGACAUCUUGUGUAGAUAAAAGUCGAGAAAAAAGAAAAAACAAUUCUGGUUCUUGCAAGCUUGAACAGAAUGCUUCAAAAUGGAAUUGGAGCAAUCCUGGAAAAUAUAGAUGGAAUUCUAGACCAACAUCUCUAAAAAGUUCAUCCACCACAAAACAAUUGAUUGCAACUUAUGAUGACCUUAAGAAUCCAAAAAACUCCAUUUUAAAUCCGUGCCAAGAACUUUCAACCAAGCCUAGUACUGUCCAAACAACUCAAUCACUGGUUAAGAUGGUCUCAACAAGAUGUCUGCCAGCAAGGUCUCCAAUACCAAUUUCACCUGUACCUCUGUCUUUUCCUGAAAAUCAGAGAGAAGAAGUGAAGCCACCAAGGACCAAAAAGAAACUUUACCAAAAAAAUAUAGUACUGAAUAGACCAUUCUAUAUUCAGAAGCUAGACUGUUUAUCACCUUCAUUUAUAGCUAAGGAUAAGUGCUCACCCAUUGACCAAAAAUAA